UACGACGUGCGGAAUAGCAUUGGUCCGUCGACCCUCUUCUUAGCCCUAAAAAUCAAAAAACGUGCGCCAAGCGGUGGCCGGCGUCCGCACACAAAACCAGCACCACCACCGCCGCCGCCACCAGUCUCGCUCAACUCCACUGCCGCCUUCUCCUCCUCCUCCACCUCGAAAUCUCUCCCCGACGCCGCCGCCGCUAGUUUUCAUGGCGAACACCGAGAACACCGAGAACCGCGAGGAAUUCGUUUACCCCGCGAAGCGCAAGCCCGAUCUCGCCCGCCCCGAACCCGAACCCGAACCCGAAGGCGAAGGCGAAGGAGGAGAUCGCUCCAGCAAGAGCCUCAAGCUCGAGCCUUUGGACAACCCCAACCACGCCGACGGCGGCGACGGGAACCACUCGGCGGAGGCCCCGGUUCGGGAGGAGAAACGGGCGGACGCGGUGGUCGAGGAGGAGGAAGAGGAGGAUGACGAUUUCGACGACGACGACGAUGACGACGACGACGACGACGACGACGACGACGAGGAUGAUGAUGAUGAGGAGGAGGAGGAUGGAGACGAUGAAGGCGACGAGGUGGAUGUGAAGGGGAAGGGGGUUAUGAAGGACGAUAAGGGGAAAGGCAAAUUGAUCGUCGAAGAAGGAGAAGAGGAGGGCAGCGGCGAUAGCAGCAGCGACGACUACGGCAAUGCCGGCGUCCGUUCGGAGAGCGACAGCGAUCUGUCCGACGAUCCGCUCGCCGAAGUCGACUUGGACAACAUCCUCCCGUCCAGGACUCGGCGGCGGACCGCCCGGCCCGGGGUUUUUAUCGCCAGGGACCGUAAGGACGGGGGAGACGACGAUCGGUCGUAGAGAUUCCGAAGGUUCAUUUAUAUUUGCUGGUUUCGAAGUGCUGCUGAUGAUCUAAGCCUAGUGGCCGAGAUACAGAUUCCAGUCGAAUCCUUGAUCAUUUCUUGGACUGUUCGUGCACGAGAGGAAAUCCACUGUGAGGCCAAAGUUCGCAGAGGUAAACAGCUUGGACAUUGAGAAUCCUGUCCUCGUCUCUGAGCCUCUAAGAUCCUCUAGCAUCAUUCCGUGUCGCAAAGUUUUUUGAAAUAUGCCUGUGUCAUUAUAACCUUCUUCCUCAGACACUAUUUCCUCCCUUUGGCACAUUUAGUGAUUUCCCUAGAGUUCUGCUAUAUCUCUGGCAGCAAAAAAUAUCCUCCCACUUUGGAGAUGGUAGUUUUGUUCUUGUUUGUUAUCUUUUGGGUAAACACCUGGCUGUUCGAACAGGCACUUCUAUCUAAAUGGGGGAUUUUCAACUCUGUUACACAUGGUGCCGACCGAUCCAUUCUCCGGGGAAAAGAUAAAAGGACACUCCUAUAUAUGGUAUGAUUAAGAUGAUCCUUUUGUCA